GACAUUUUAUUUAACUCCUGCGUCAUGUUAGCUGUGUGUUCCGUGAAGCUUUUUCGUGCCUUUUUCUACGUCGGUCGAGGAGUUGACAGUUGGAUGUGUCGCCGGGGUCUCUAGGACCCGGCAGACACCUAGCAGGGGCGGAUGAGCGGGCGGAGAAAGGUGAAGUUACCCUCGGAGGACUGAUCAGAGGUCAGUUUGAUAUUUCCCCAGUGAGGGUUCAGGCCGCGAGAAUGACUCGGGACACAGAUCCCCAGUCAGUUUACUUUAAAGUGUCGCGUUACGCAUCUUGCUAACGACGUAAAGGGAUAAACAUAGACGGCUAGGCUUUAGCUAGCACACAAAGAGUUGAUUUAUACAAGAUAUUAUAAUGAUUCCCAUGUGAAAAACUAUAAUUCAUACCCCCACAAUCCCUCUAAGCUACCUUCAUGGUAAAAACAAACCGUUGUUGACGCUGUCUGAGCUGGCGGCGCCCCGCGGCUUUAACGCAGCUAGGAGCAAACAUCCAGAGCAGACGUCCAUCAUAAUCCGCAGUGUCAACAUCUCCAUUCAACUCCUGCUGGUGGAGGUGACUCUGUGAAGCCAGCCGGCUCUUAUCCGCUAUGCAAGCGAACACAACGCGGGGCUUCCUGUGGUCGGACGUGGAGACGCGGACCUUGUUGAACAUCUGGGGCGAGCAGGACAUCCAGGCGGCGCUGGAUGGAAACUUCCGAAACAGCUUCGUGUACCGCGACGUCUCCCGGAGGCUGGGGGCGAUGGGGUUUGAAAGGACCCCGGAACAAUGCAGGGUGCGAAUCAAAAGCCUCAAGAGACAGUACUUGUUGGCAAAGGAGGGCAAUCUGCGGAACAACGGGCAGUAUCACAAGAUCUGUAAGUUCUACGACACCAUGGAGAGGAUUCUGAGCAACCGGCCCGCUCUUGACCCUCAGGAGUUCAUAGAGAGCGGGGCGGGAGCAGAGGAGGCCGUGGACGGCCUGGAGGAGGAUGGAGAGGAUGCCCAGGAUGUUUACUCAGAGAGCACAGGGGAGUGUCCGUAUCCUGCAGAGACUGAAGUCAAGUUGGAAUACCCAACUAUUCCCAUCCCUAUUCCUGUUAAAGUGACAGUGGGCAACAACAACAGCACUUCCACACGGCCGCAAAACAGCUGCAGCCAGUCGGCCAGUAAUCUGCCAGCCAGAACACCUAAACGAGCAAGGAAGCGGCGUGCGAACUUCCCCAUGGAGAAGCUUAUGGAGCAGUUCCUGGAGCAGAGCGCCCAGGCCGAGGACGGCUUCUACCGCAUGGAGGAGCAGCGCUUGCAGGCUGAAGACCGCCGCAGAGAGGCCGAACACGCCAGGGAGCUGCAUAUGCUUCAGAUGCUCGGCCAGAUGUUCUCCAGCAUCUCCUCCUCCAGGCCCGGUUCCGCGGCCACUCCCUCCAAAACAGCUCCCCCUGCCCGUGCUCCCGUGUUCUCCAGUGCCUCCCUGUCAUGUGGACGCGGCCAGUCAGGUCACCUCAGACGCCCUUCACCCCAAACGGACUGUUUCACCCAACAAAGUCAACAGUUGAACCCAGAUCCUCAGGCGUUAGUAUUUGAACGCUACUACAGUUUGGGCUCUACGUCACACAGAGGCAUGGAUGAUGACACCCUCUCACUGGUUAAGAACAUCGUCCCUCCACUGACGUCCAAAAAGCACAAGGGACAAGACGGACGUAUCGGGAUCAUCGGAGGAUGCCAAGACUAUACUGGAGCUCCAUACUUUGCAGCAAUCUCAGCACUAAAAGUGGGGGCCGACCUGUCUCAUGUGUUCUGCACCAAAGAUGCUGCAACUGUAAUCAAAUCAUACAGCCCCGAGCUCAUAGUUCAUCCAGUGUUGGACAGUCCUAAUGCAGUGGAAGAGAUAGAAAAAUGGCUCCCAAGACUACACGGCCUUGUGGUUGGACCAGGUCUCGGGAGAGAAGAUUUGUUACUGAAAACAGCGAAGGAGGUGAUAGAGAAGUCGAAAGCAAGAGAUAUCCCCAUAGUUAUUGAUGCAGAUGGAUUAUGGCUAGUCACUCAGCAGCCAGCUGUCAUUCAAGGGUACCAGAAGGGCAUCCUCACACCCAACUUCAUGGAGUUCACCCGGCUGUAUGAGUCGCUGCACCAUGAGCCCAUGGACAGCAGCGAUCACCAGCGCAACGUCAUGCAGCUCAGUGUAGCCAUGGGCAACCUCACUCUGGUGCUAAAAGGAGAACAGGAUCUCAUUACAGAUGGCAGUAAGGUGAUCUCAUGCAGUGUUGAGGGCAGUGGGAGAAGAUGUGGUGGACAGGGUGAUCUUCUGUCUGGAUCUUUGGGAGUUUUGGCACACUGGGCCCAUGCUGCCUCUGUAGCUGGAAUAUUAAGAAGUGUGAAUCCCUCGAUGGUUGCUGCGUUCGGAGCAUGCUCUCUCACAAGACAGUGCAACAGUCAAGCGUUCCAGCGACAUGGCAGGUCCACCACCACAACGGACAUGAUCCAGGAGAUUGGGACAGCCUUCAAGAAGCUUUUUGAAAGCUGAAGAAACGCCAACUGACAUAAAAAUGGUUGUUUCAACGGCUAUACAUACAAACUCAAAUGUGCAUUCUUAAACACUGUUAAUAUAUCCUAUGGGUGGUAAAUGUUCUCAUCAAGCUGAUUUAAAUAAAGGUUACCCAGGUGUGGACUAUCCUUUCGCAGAUAGCACUGAAAACCUGGUGCACUUAUUGUUGUUUGAGGCGUAUUAAAUGAACCUGAACCAACAAA